AUGCCGGCUGUGGUUCGGGCUCAUCGUGCGGGGAAAGAUGUAGGCAUACCCACUAUAAAUCCAUAUCUUUACAAUUACAAGACCAAUAUCUCUACGAAAUGUCGACAGAAAGAUUUGUUCCUUCUCUUUCUCGUCAAGUCUGCUGUCAGUCAUUUUGACAGAAGGAGUUCUAUAAGAUCUACAUGGGGAAACGAAGACUCGUUAUUGACUAACUUCACAUUCAAGACGAUAUUUUUGGUGGGAGAACAGAAAAACGCCAAUCCUGGUCUUCAGAAGAUACUGGAGCACGAGAUCGAUUAUUAUAAAGACAUACUUCAGAUGUCGUUUACUGAUUCCUAUUACAACAAUACACAAAAGACUGUUGGUGGAAUUCACUGGGCUGUCCAUAACUGCAACCACGCCAGGUUCGUCAUGUUUGUGGACGAUGACUUCUUCGUAGCCACACAUUUUCUCGUUAGAUAUCUUAGCACGCUCUCUUUAGCUCAACAGAAAACACUAUUCGAAGGUUUUUUACAAAACGACAGGCCUUUUCGUUUUCCUUUGUGCAGUUGGUAUGUCAAGUAUGAAUACUAUCCUUACGACAAAUACCCACCUUUUCUAAGUGCCGGGGCAAUGAUCACAUCCAUGCAUUUGUUAAAAGAUAUUCAAAUUGCUAUGCAAUAUACCAAGAACUUUAUAUUCGAUGACAUAUUUCUUGCUAUAGUUGUGUUCAAAUUAGGAAUAACUCCACAGAAUAACGUCAAUAUCUUUAUCUGGACAAGGGUAGGUACUGACAGUAAAGAAUUCCAUAGCAUGAUCGCUUCCCACCAUUAUAACAAUGACUAUAUCAUGCAAUUAGCCUGGCAAGCACAUGUUAACUUUUCACGAAAGGUUAUACAACUUCCUAACUUGUGA